AAAAGGUUGGUCAUUUCCGCACCAGACUCACUGUUGUAGUUAGCAGCCAACGAUGGGUGAUUUUGAGUAACAAAGUAGCUAACUGCUAGCUUUUCGUAAAAUAACAGUUAGAAGUGUAUAUUUUAUUUAUUUAUCAAACGCUUGUUUCUUUAUCUAAACGUUAAGCCAAGAUGAGUCUGUCGAAGUCGAUUGCACGAGCCACAACUACGAUGUUGCAUUUUCAAAAUGGAGGAUCUUCGUACCUAGCUGAUGAUGCUAGCCCUUUGUACUAUUUCGACGGGGCCGUAGGUGCUGGGGCGUCACCAAAGUCUAAAGUGGACAUGGGAAAUGGGACCGGCGAUACUCCACCACGACCCACGACGUUAGGAGUGAAUGUCGUGAAAAGCAACGUCCUCGAUAAUCAUUUGUCAGACCGAAGCAACAAUGACGCUUCUUUGCCCUGCACUCCUCAGAUGGCGUCAGAAUGUGGGCCUGAACUAUCGAAUUGUCCAUCGGGCGAUGAAGUAUUGGAACAUGAUACCAGACAACUCAUUGAGAUUUUUUUGGGGGACUACACAGGACUGUCUCAGCCUCGAUGGAAGCAAAGCAAGCCUCUUACGACCAUGAAGCGAGUGGUGGAGGACGUAAUAGCAAAGCACCGAUAUGCAUACAAUGGUAUGGUCGUCAAACUUGACUUGGAUGAUCGAUGCGAUGACAUGAGCGUCGUCAAUUCUGUGGCCAAGACCAUGUUCAGUGAUGGGAUCACGAACUGGGGUCGCAUCGCCAGCCUGGUGGCAUUUGGCGCAGUGGUGAGCCAGCACCUGAAGGAGAGUGGCAGGGGACACUGCGUUGAUUUGGUGGGCCAAGAGAUUGCCACAUACCUCCUCUCUGACCAAAGGGACUGGCUGGUCAAAAACAAUGCUUGGAAUGGAUUUGUAGAGUUCUUUCAUGUUCAAGAUCCUGAGUCCUCGGUAAGGAACACCCUCCUAGCCUUUGCUGGAGUUGCUGGGAUUGGGGCAACACUUGCCAUGUUGAUCAGGUGAAUUGAACAAUACUUACCUGUUACUUUUUUUCAACGAAGAAAAUGGACUAUGCCCGCACGUUCUCUGAAAUCCUUGAUAGCACCAUGGUUGGAAUGAGUACCCAGUGAUGUCCUGCUUAGUCAAAGAAGAGGGUCAGUCUGUUGGAUUAUAGUGAAGGACUGAAUUGGGACGGUGCUUUGGUGUCAAGCUCAAGUUUGCUUUUUUCCCGCAUCAACAUUUUGGUGCCUUUUUUGUUUGUGGUCAUUUGAGGAUAUUUGGUAACAGUCUCCAAAUAUAUUCAUCUGACUUCUUAAAUCUAAUGGACUUGUUAAAUGGCGCUUUUAUUUAAUGUAAAAAGUACAGACAUUUUAUUUUUGUAAUAAAUGUAUAGUUGAAUUUAGACUCGUACACAGUUAAUUCAUCUGCAAACUGUCAAUUCUCUUUUUAAGUAAUCAAGAUGGAAAAGCACUAGCUAAUAGCUAUAAUUCACAAUGGCAAAGUUCUGCCUCUAACCAUAAAUUUGGCUCAAAUGACUUGUUUCUAGUCCUUGUGAUAUUAGUCAUACAUGUACAUACAGGGAUUGGUGUAAGAAAGGCAGAACCUGCAUUGAACUGACCACCGAGGGCCUUAGAAUUCAACUAAGAAGGUAUACCCAGGUUAUUGGGCAUUGAAAAUGGAAAGUGCUUACAGCAGAAAGGCUUUAUUUUAUAUGCAAUUAAUUGCCUUGGUGUCUUUAUGACAUGCGUGUAUGUCAUAAAGCCCCUAGCUCUCCUACACCACAUUCAUAAGUCCGUAUUCCUGUUCCUUGGGGUAGAUUUUCCAGUCUUGCCUGGCAAUGCAUUUGUGUGGUUGCAAUGUGACUUCCUGGUUAAUGAAAUUUUGUGACUGUUGCACUAGGCUUUACUGGGAGGGGGAAGGGGGGACCUGUUUGAAAGUCAAUUGAAAAUUCCAUUCUCAAGACUAUGCUGAUUUCUAUUUGAAGUGUUUCAUUUCCAAAUGAUAUCCAUGUAAAUGAAAUGUGCUCGCAGGUAUAUGUUUUAAAUAGGAGCAUAAAGAUUGUACAUGGUAUCUGGCAUUGGUUCAAUAGAGGCAAGAUCAUCUGGACAGUGAACGUGUACCACAGUUCCACCCAACGAACUAGCACUAACCCUCCUGAUGUAUCUUGCUGGCAAAUUCUUGUAAUCUCCUGAAGUUAAAUGAUUUAAAGGAUACAAUCAUGCAACUUUAUUCACUUUUGUGACUGCAAUGAAUAAAGGAUGUGACUUUAUUCACUUUGUGGCUGCAAUUGUCUCAAAGCAGAAGCUUGACUGUUAACCUGCUGUGAACUUUUGAGACUACUUCUCGGAAGGGAGGGAGAUUUUGCACUGUGCUAGUUUCUGGUGCUGAAAAGUAAACCCAUACACAAAUGAA